CCGUCCAGUGUGACAGUCUCCGAUCCAUCAACAUUCCGACCACUUAACCCGCGCGGUUGAGGCACAUGCAUACUACUACACCAGCUAUAUGUAAGAUACCUUAGAGCUAAACAUGCCUGUGCACGGUCUGUACUUGGAAGCCGCCAGGGCAUUCCAAAAAGCCGGCAUCACAGUGCUGCUCUACGACAACCGAGGCGUUGGCGCCAGCGACGACACACCAAGGGGCGAGGCGAACGCAGCCAAGCAGACAGAAGAUCUCCACGAAGCCGUGUUCUUUCUGAAGCGCUUCCCAGCGGUCGAUGCCCGGCGCAUCGCGCUUGGGGUUAUUCAUUUCCGGGGCAUGCGCCCUGGCCGCCGCAGCGUUGGACAGGCGCAUCAAAGCCGUUGCCGCCAUCUGCCCGGCCGUGCCGUUCGACUUGGACAACCAGGCGAAGCGAAACCACUUCCUCGCCCUCGCGAUGCGCGACAUCGAAUCCCGUGCAAGAGGCAACCCGCCGCUCUGUAUGGCCCUUGUGGGCUGGGCGACGAGGACGACACGGUCUAUGACUAUCGUCUGUUCAGGUGCACCAACGCCAUGACCGUGGACGACGUUGUCAGCACCUUGGAACGGAUUCCGGGCUUUAGCAACCAGAUCCCCGUUCGGGCAUUCUACAACAUGAUUUCCUGGGCCGUUCGAGAACUUGGUACAGUGUGUGGCGCCGACACCGGUGCUCCUAGUGACGGCCGAGAACGAAGAGCUUCCGUAUGUGAAGCGGAAAUACGGCGUCAUCUACGACCAUCUCACUGGGCCGAAAGAGUUGUAUGUUGUGCCAGAGAAGGGCCAUAUGGAUGUGCUCAACGUGGAUGAGAGGUUUGACGAGACUGUCAAAGUACAGGUGGAAUUCCU